AUGUGUAUUCUCAACUACCGCCCGUACGACGAUGAAGGUCCGGAUGUGCCACCGCAACGCGCUCAACCUCGACUGACGUGGGCUAUACCCGUGGAUAUGAGCAAGCUAGGGGCAAGACUUCAAGCGUAUUCGGAAACGAUGCCACAGGUUACUAUGUUACGACUUUGCCACCGGUUUGGUAACGUCGCACUUUCCAACUUACCAUUGGAGCUUCUCGAGCGGAUCGUCGAGGCUCUACAGCAGUCAGUGCGAGCGGAUACCUGGCCGGCGUGGCGCCAGGACCUCCGCUGCUUCGAGGGAAUAUGUCUACCUGAGCAGCACUGCGAAUACUACAACGAACACGUCGAGUCGAUGUGGCAGGAAAUCUUCGCUGCAAGUAGCGACGAGGAUGCUAAAUCUAAGGAGGACUAUACGAACGCGCAGAAAGUGGACAUGGUCACCGAUAGCAUUGCAUACGAUCCCGAGAGUGAACUGGUCAUGAAGGCACACUAUGACGCCAGAUUCCGAUGGGUCGGCCGGACCUGCCAGUGCGUAGAAGGCUAUGGUGAGGAUGCAACCAGAGGAGCAUUCGCUCGCUUUGGCGAUCUACUCAGAUUGCACUUUGGUCUGGAGGCCAUCAUUCUACACGAGAUCUUACCUACACCUCUUUUUGACUUCCUCCCAAACUCUGGAUUCUCAGAGGAAUUCGCAUACUACACUCGCUGCUACCUUACUCUCUAUUCGAAGUCAGGAGAUAAACGCAUUACUGGUAGUCCAGAUUCGGCUCCGCAGAACAAGCUCUUUCACGAAUACGGAGAUCACAUGUCGUUUCAAGAAACCAUUGAUCCGUCGCAGCUGAUACUUUCUGAGAACGAUCGACUCCGGUUUGCGAAGGCUAUGAGGCUUCUAGGGAUUCGAACUUGUUAUCAUCUGAGCGAGCUGGCGCCACACGUCGUUCAUCCAAUUGAGGAUGAAUGGCUGAGUGAUCUGUGCGCCUGUGGUAAAUCGGAAUCUAUCUGUCCACAUUCAGAUGUCAAGUCCUAUGAUAAACCAUAUUGUCUGGAAGAAUAUCUCAAGAGCAAGAGCAAAGAACUUGCAAAACAGACGUGGCCAAAACUUAUGCUUUUGGCAGCAUCUGAUGUUGUAAACACCUUCGAAUAUUAGGGUACUCAAGGUUCUUUGAAUCCUGGGAAUCACGCAAAACGGAAAUGGGCAUCGGAAAUGAUCGGGAUGAGAUGAAAAGAGUUUACGACGGUUGGCAGUUUUGAGGGAAAAUAUCGUGGUAUGGCCAUAGACAUCCACAAAUAAUCUCGAUAUAUUUAAUGAC